CAACAGAAGCAACAGCAGCAACAACAACAACAAUUAACAAGAACAGCAACAACAAACUUAACACCAACAAAAACAGGCCAAAUCUCUUUUCUCUUUAGCAAUAAUUGUUUCCCUUUCCUGCUGUUGCCCUGCUGUUCUUCUUGUAGUGAAAAACUGUUCAGUCGAAAGAUUUUUUCCAGCACGUGCCCUGCACUUUCUUUCUCCCUCCCUCGCAUGCACACGUGCAUAUACACACACACACACGCACGCACACAUACACACGUAUAUUCUCUCACUCUCUUUCCUUCUUUGAUAAUCUAAUGGAGAACUUUCUUACCUGGAGUAUUGCACAGGUAGACACAACUUCUUUCACCUCCCCACACAAGUCCCAGCAGUGUGACGACAACAACAACAAUAACAACAACAACAUCAACAACAACAACUACGACAGCUACAGCAAAAAUAAGGACAGCGAAGACAACGCACUGGAGAUUCGAUUAUCGGCAAUCUGUGCUGGAAUCUUACUUCUAGUUACAAUCUUCUUGACCACUGUCGUCUACGUGUCGAAUAUGUUCAACAAUGCGGGGCUAGCUCUGUGGGAGGGCUGGGGAAACCCAACGACAAAGACAAAACGAGAGAAGGCUCGAUGCUGGUGCGAUGUCAUAGCUCGGGCCCUGCUGGCUCCCAAGACGGAGAAGGUGACACCAAGAGAAAGUUCAAACCCUGUGAGUUGUGGUGAAAAUGAUGUGACCGACAGCAGAAGCAGCAACAGUAAGGUAGAACGAUCUCUUAUUAUCAGAAAGCAAAAUGAUAAAUUACUGACCAAGAAGAAAUACCAAGAAUUAAGGAUUGUCAUUGACUUUCGAGACAUCUGCAUAGUCAACGCAAACCGAGAGAAGGGGAGAGUUUGUUGGUGGGCUGACAUAGACAGAGACAAAUUGUGGACAACAACAACAGCGUCAACAACAACAACAUCGAUGAUGAUGAUGAUGGUCGGUGCCAACCACCACAAUGGUCAACUGAGCAACGCCUGCAGUCUACGCUACAUCCAAUACACACAUUUGUCCCUUUUGCAGAAGGUGUACGACUACCUGCAACAGUUGCUUCAAAUUGUGGGAGACGGAUGCACAAUCUGUGGCACUGAUGAACAGGUCAUCGUCAAGAUUCUGAUGGUAAAAGAUGCCAUAGAUUUAUGGCUCAGAUGCCAAAGAGAUGAAAUGUUGGACGAAAAUGAAUCUGAUGAGGAAAGAGAUACCAAGGAAGCUGAAGACACAAAGGGUUCAACAGAUAUCGACAGUCUGGUGGCCGAGGGCAAGAAGGGCUCUAGCAUGACCCUGAGUAGUAACAGCAGCAGUAGUAGCAACAAAUAUGCAGUUUGUCUCAACACCUUAAUAGUGGACAGAGAUGGCAUGCUUGGUGCUGGCAGGAACCGCUCCAAGAGCCAGCUGCUCGAUGCUGUCCAAGAAGGGGACGGCACUAGAGCCACGACAUGAGCCUACGUACUUGAACAAACGGGUGUUUAAUGGAGCAAGAAUCUCCAUCAAAUUUGACUGUUGGACAUCACAGUGAUACACACCUCAGUCCUCUCUCGUUUACCCAAAAAAAAAAAAAACAAAACAAAAACAAUAAAAACAAUCAUCACUGAAAAAGGA